AUGGCAACCAAAGUAAUUCUCGAGCAGCUGAUCACAAAUGCUGAAAGACUAAACAGUUUGGUGGAUGAAGCGAAAGAGAUGGCUUUUCAACAUGGGAUUUUAUUACGGACACCCGAGACCCCCAAUUCAUCUGAGGCCGUUAGCUUUGCCCCGUUCACACUCUUCCCCUCUCCUGUGCCCAAAGCCACCCUCCUCCAGGCUCUGGCAGUGCACACUCACUUUAACACACUGGUGGACAAGAUCAGCCAGGACCCAGACUUUCUGGAAGAGGCUCUUGACGGGACUAUCCAGGCAGAUGAUUUCAUAGCCAAGUUGUUUGACAUAUACAGAAAAGUGCAGCAGGAGGAUCGGACACAGUCCAUAGUGGUGGGACUGAACCGGUCUGACUACAUGGUGGAUCAGAGGGCGGAUCGAACGUCGUCCCUGAAGCAAAUAGAGAUCAACACUAUUGCUGUCGGUGGUUUUGGCGUAUCUGACCGCCUCUCUGUUGUGCACAGGCACACGAUGAAGUCAGUUGGUCUGUUGGAAGAGAGCAAGUGUAUCCAGGACACCAGCAGGACUCCUCGAAUGAGUGCCGCUCUCGCCAAGGCCUGGGAGCUCUACGGACAGCACAAGGCAGUGAUUCUGUUUCUGGUUGAGGAGGUCCAGUUGAGCAAACUCAGCCAUCGGACCAUCGAGAGGGAGCUUUGGAACAGGAAUAUUCCUGUUGUCCACAGAAGGUUUGACGAGGUGUCGAGAAGAGGAUCUCUCGAUGCCGACAAAAGAUUGUUUAUAGAUGGAUUGGAGGUAGCUGUUGUUUACUACCGCUACGGCUACAUGCCAGAGCACUACACUGAGCAGACUUGGGACGCUCGUCUUCUCAUGGAGCGCUCUCUGGCUGUGAAGUGCCCAGACAUCAGCACUCACCUGGCAGGAACCAAGAAGGUCCAGCAGGUGCUCGCAAGACCUGGAGUCCUGGAGAGGUUCUUCCCCGACCAGCCUCAGGUAGUGGAGCAGAUCAGAGCGACGUUCGCCGGCCUCUACACUUUAGACAUGGGUCCAGAGGGAGACCGGACUGUGGCCAUGGCUUUGGCCAACCCAGACAAGUUUGUCCUGAAGCCUCAGAGAGAAGGAGGAGGGAACAAUUAUUUUGGAGAGGACAUUGUCCGAGUUCUACAGGAGGUUAAAGGUGAUGAAAGGAGAGCUGCUUAUAUUCUGAUGGACAGGAUCCGACCCAGGAUCGAACAAAACAUCCUGCUGAAGAAAGGACUUCCACUCAAGCUCACCUCUAUUUGCUAUGAAAUAGGAGUUUUUGGAGCCUAUGUGAGGCAUGGACAAGAGAUGGUCCUCAAUGAGGUUGCUGGUCACAUUUUAAGGUCAAAGAGCACCGAAUACGACGAUGCAGGAUUGAUGCGUGGAAUCACGACGUUUGACAAUCCUCUCAUCAUCUAA